UUAUCAAUGUCGCCCGUUGGAUCGAGAUCCAACAGCUGAUAAUAGAUGUCCAUAGCACCGAACCCGAGUCCGGACCCAACCCUCAAACUGGUCCGUCCCAACCAAUUCCCAUCCGACCCUAAACCUAUAAAAGCCCAUAAACCCAAAACCCUCGUCUUUCCUCUCCUUCUCUGGCGUCCCUUCCCGACCUUCAACGAUCGCUGCUCAUCGCCUCUUGAUUCAAUCUCCAUUUCAAAGGCUCGCGUUCUUCCGAUCAAUCUACCAUGGAGAAGGAAUCGAAUGCUUCUUCUCCUGCGAUGAAGCCGAUGAAGUUUGCGCCUAAAAUAGUUCCUCGGAAGGUGGCAAAGGCUGCCAUACCGAAAUCGGAACCGGUUGAUACGAAGAAUGAUGUGAUUGAUAAGGAGUUGCUUUCGAAGCUUAGCAGUGUAAAGAAUGAUGGUCCUGGUAGGAGAAUGCCAAACAAUGAUAGGAAAUUUGCAUUCGCAAUGGGAAAUGAUUCAACAAAGGCAAGGCCAUUUGGCAAACCCAGACUUGGGUAUGAUGGUGAUGUUUAUAACGCAUCAGGUUCAAAAAAAGAGAAAGAAUACAUUGAACCCUGGGACUACAGCCACUCAUACUAUCCUGUCACACUUCCUUUAAGGAGGCCAUAUAUGGGAGAUCCUGAAACUCUUGAUGAAGAAGAAUUUGGCCAGAACUCAACCAGCACCACUUUUGAUGAGUCACUAAUUGACCCUACAGAUGAGCUCGAGCUUUUGGAGAAGAGUGAUGAAGCACAAAUGCUUCUUUUCCAGUUUCCUAAACAAUUUUCACUUCCAAAAGUGUCUGCUGGUGAUGCAAAAGGCAAAUCAGUUAUUAGGGAAGAAGAUGAUACAGAGAUCAAAGGGCAUAAUGCCAGGAAAGGCUGUACUUUAAAAGAGCUACCUGCUGGUUUCAUGGGAAAGUUACUGGUAUACAGAAGUGGUGCUGUCAAAUUGAAGUUAGGAGAAUCCCUUUUUGACGUUUCUCCAGGUUCAGAUUGUGGUUUUGCACAAGAGGUCACUGCAAUCAGAACUGACAUGAAACAAUGUUGUGUGCUUGGUGAGCUUAGCAAGCGCGCGAUUGUGACUCCAGAUGUCGAUUCCCUUUUCGAUUCUAUGGAACAUACAGGCCAUUCCUAGUUCAACCAAACAAAAAAUUAGAUGUGUGUAUGUGCGGGCAUGUGCGCGCUAAUAUGUGUACAAUUAUUUUUUACUAAUAUUGUAAUAAGCAAGUGUUUUGGUCAAAUAAACUUUGUUGUUUCUUCACAUAUAGAUCAAAUGGUCUUGUAAU